UAACCUAAUUGUGAUUCGGGGUGACCCUUAAAGAAAAGGUAUUUAUAUGUGCUAGUGUUGAGACUUGGAACUAAUUAAGGCUUCCACAGUUUCCGUGCCUGCUCAGUUGACUAGAUUUAGACGUACUAGUCGGCACUACCAGAGGGGGAGAUCGGACCAGACAAGGGCAACACCAAGAGCACGUGUCGCACUUAGCAACCCAGCAGAACCAAUUUUGUUGCUAUUUUACUUAUCAGCCGCUGUCUUGCGAAGAACAACAUCUGGCAUAGCCUCGGAAAACGGCGUCAAGCGGGUGAAACGCUUACUAUUUAUGCAGCACCAUCGGGACCGCAUGCACUAAGCAUAUAGUGUAACCUGCAGAGAGUAACAAAGGAGCCGACAACAGCGAUCAUAAUCGUCGUAUACAUUGGGCCCAACGUCUGCUUCGAAGGAUAUCGCAACUUUUGCUAUCCGAAUUGGACUGUAGACAAUGUCCUACACACACCCAUUUGCACAUCCCAAGAACUGAGAGCUAGACAGAGCGGGACAUGCAGGAGGCUUCUGCAUUGGCAUUGAGGCCAACAACAAGGACAAUCCGAGAGGUCGCUUGACUUGGCCCGAAGUCGCGCCAGGCGAGAGCACCGCAGGGCUCGUCUCUGCCACAGCAGAACGUUGCCAACAAAGUGUGAAAAUGUCAAGUCGUAAAGUGUUCAUGGGGCACAUUGGAGCCGGCAUGGGUUCGGAAUGGGACUCGAGCUCGGAUGGCCGGCAAAAAUGCAGUUACAACGAUAUGGAGCUGCUUUCCAGGGAGUUACAUCUUACGGUUGCAUCUUGUUGGCAUUGUGAAAACAAUCGAAACAUCUAACUGAGUUUGAUUACAAGCUGCGUCAAGUUACCUCAGUAAGGCAAUGUUGUUGUGCUUUCAACUUGAUAUAAGCUCUGGAAUAAAAAUCUUUAAGAAUGUCGUGCAUUUGCCAGUACAUAAUUAGUUCUUCAUCCUCGACAAAUGGCGGUGGCGAACCCAUUGCAUUUCCACUGUCCAACGCGAAUGACAAUUCAGCGGCUGCAAUAGGCCAAGAAGGACCCUGCGAUGCCUCCAUGGAGCCUGUCUCAGACGAUACCAAGAUAGCUGUCUGCGUCUCGGAGCUAGCCGAUUUUCGCUCCGAGAACUGGCUGCUCAAGAAGAAGCUGGAGGAACAUGAGGUGACCAUUCAGAAUCUGGAGCAUUUGAUGACUACCAUUAUGAAUAAGCAGCAUAAGAUGUUAGCUGAAGUGUUGCAGCUCCGCAAACGCAAUCAGGAACUCCAAAAUGAGUGCAAUCUACAGCGCGAAUAUCACGCGAUGGAGCGCAAUGCGCUGAUCAAGGAAAUCUACGAUCUCAAGAACAGAGAUCAAAUGUGUGCACUGAGUGCUGAGGAGGAUGAGUCUAAUAGCUCAAUGAAUAGUCAGGAUGAGUAUGGCGAGCAAAUCGAAACAGACAGCGAUGAGGCGAAGUUAUGCUACGAACAUGACAGCGAUGGGAUGGAGAAUGAGGAGGAUGGGGAUGAUGGGGAGGAUGAGCACUCUGCAGGCUCAUCGGCUGAGUCCUCGGCUCCAUCCUCACACAAUGGUUCAAUGUACUCGGCCGAUUCGGAUACUUACGAAACCGAUGAGAGCGAGGAUGAAGAACAGGAAUCUCAGCAUGAGCAGGGGGAGUACAGCACUGGUACUGAUUCUGAAUCCGACUAAUUAAAUUGCAUUUUGUUUUAGUUGAACCAUGUUAGCAUGUCUGGUUGGAUUAUAUUAUUUACUCGAGAACAUA